UUGUCGCCUACCCUCCUCACCAAUACAUACUCGUCGGCUUUUGAGUCUCGCUUAGCUGCAUUUACUUUUGGUCUUUAAAUUUAUCGUCUGCAGUGUUGUGUGAUGUGAGGCGAAAUUUCGUUCUCUACUAAUUAGUUAUCAAUUGAAGACAAUCCAAUACAGCUAUAUACAGCUAUACUAUAAUAAAAUCAAGCGAACAGCAAAGAUGACUUUUUUUCUGUAAAUUUAUCGAUUACGUUUGCUACUGUACUCAAUACGAAAAAGUAUUGAAAAUAAGGCAAAAUGGCUCUCAGUCGAUUUGCACGGCCUUUAUUACUGAAUGCUCAAAAAUUCAACUAUUUCAAAGUGGUUGCUGUCAAUAGUUUCAAUCACAGGCCAGAGUGGGAAAUUUGUGUUUAUCAACACAAAACACAAUGCAGAAAUUUCAAAAAUUUUGGGCACAAGAGAGAGAAAAUUCCACCUCUAACUGGUUUAGUGACAUUCCUCUUUUUUGCAUCCAGUGUUAUGGCAAUAGUAAAUUGGCGAUGGAUCAAGUCUUUCUUUUUCCCAAGUGUGGAAGCUGCAGCUAAAAUACAACAUGGUGAGAAUGAAGAAGAUGAAGAUAUAUCGGAUGUCGAUGAACAUGUAUCAGAACAUGAUGAACACAAAAAGAAAAAAGGCAAAAAAGUUGGAUUUCGAGAUAGAAAGAUAGUUGAGUAUGAGAACCGAAUACGUCAAUUUUCGACUCCAGAUAAAGUAUUUAGAUAUUUUGCAACGCUCGAAGUUAUUAAUCCAAACAAUGGUGCACACGAGGUGUUGAUGACUCCUGAUGAUUUUUUAAGGUCUCUCACACCCGGUGUCCCACAACCUCAGGGAUUAGGAUUAGAUAGAUAUAAACGGUAUGAUCCAAAGACGGUGCAGAACAAAUUGGAUUUGGAUUUAAAUGAAAAUAGUAUUUUUUAUACACUUGGUAGUUAUGGACUUAUCACAUUUUCAGAUUACAUAUUUUUAUUGACUGUACUGUCAACUUCCCGUCGUCAUUUUGAAAUAGCAUUCAGAAUGUUUGAUGUUAACGGCGAUGGAGACGUUGAUUAUGAAGAAUUCAACAAAGUUUCUAAUUUAAUUCGUCAGCAAAGUAGUAUUGGUAGCCGACACAGAGAUCACGCUAAUACUGGAAAUACAUUUAAGGGAGUCAAUUCAGCUUUGAUGACUUUCUUUUUUGGGUCGGAUUUGAAAAAAAAAUUGAAAAUCGAAAAAUUUUUGGAGUUUCAAGAACAGUUACAACGAGAAAUACUGAGCUUAGAGUUUGAACGCAAAGCUCCAGAUGAAAAUGGAUACAUUAGUGAAGUUGCAUUCACAGAAUUACUUUUAGCUUAUGCCGGAUUUUCGGAAAAAAAGAAAUCUCGUAUCGUCAAAAGAGUUAAAAAAGUGUUUAAGGAUUGUUCACAAGGUAUUCAGAAAGAAGAUUAUUUAAAAUUUUAUCGAUUUCUAAGCAACAUAAAUGAUGUUGAUACAGCUUUAACUUUUUACCACAUUGCUGGAGCAUCAAUUGAUCCAGCUACUCUGAAGCAUGUCGCUAAAACAGUGUCACAAGUUGAUUUGUCUGAUCACAUAAUAAAAGUAGUUUACUGUAUCUUCGAUGAAAAUAUGGAUGGUCAACUGAGUAAUCGGGAAUUCGUAGCAGUGAUGAAGAACCGUGCACUCCGAGGACUGGAAAAACCUAAAGAUACAGGCUUUGUUAAAUUACUACAGUCGAUAAUCAAGUGUGCUAAAAAUAAUUACGCUGCAUAAGUUUUCGAAGCCGAACUAAGUCACUACGUCGCAUAAGGAAUCCAAGUUUCUUUGUUUGUUUUUUUUCUAAUAUCGUAUACUUUUCCAGACAAAUAAUGCACAAAUUCGUGUAUAAUAUGAGAUAACUCCGGUCUUUUAUAGGCUUACGUCGAAGAAUUGAGCUCAAAUUUUAUCCAAUAUUUAAAAGAAAAUGCUGGAUUCUAUUAAUAUAACUCUUAUACGUAUAAUUAACGUUCGAAUAGUCGCUCGUAACGAGGACGGUUUAAAAUAGCUUGCGUAUCAAAUAAUAUAUUGUAGAUUAAAAUAUAUUGUACAAAUACGAAAAAUUUCACUCUGAAUAAGGUCACCGCUUUGUUUAUGCGUGAAAUUACUAUAUUGCUUUAUUACCGGAUGAAAAGAGAUUGUAAGACAAGGUUCUUGUUUUUCUCGGAGCUAGCCAUAACUUUCACACGAGAAUGUCCAAUGGUGCAUGAUCGCGUGCUCGAGUAGGGGAUCCACACAAAAAAGUAAGCCU